AUGGAUAUGAAGUUAUCUGGACAAAUUUUCUCCCAGCUAAUAACGCAAAGAGGAUUAACAGCUGAGCUAAAAUUGUACUACAAGGAUGCAAUACUUCCAAUGAUCGAUGCUGCUGCAAAAUUUCCUGCCGGUAUUCUUCGAGGUCAUUUUAUAACAUUCGGACAAUAUAAGGAAUGCAUGUUGGUCAAAGGGCAAAUACCAAAUUCAGAACGUACUGUUACGGGAAGAUACGUGAGAAUAAUUCUUGAUAGAAAUUUCAAAAAUUAUGAUGCAGAUGGUGCUUGUAUAUUUGAUGAAUAUGGAAUUGGUAAUCCAUCAUUUGAUAUUUGCAUAUUUUCAUCAUGUGAUGACUACAACACGUUAAUCACGCUUGCUCGAAAAUGUAAUACACUUCGUUUACACAAAUUUAGCAUUAAAUAA